GCACUUAACCUUCUCUUCUCAUACAUUCCCAAAGCAAAGUUUCUCCCUAAAAAACGAAAGCCUUCUCAAUUCUUGCAAGUUGCAACCCAUCAACCAUGGCCUCAAGCAAACCCUUCAUCACUGCUUUCCUUCUUCUUGUGACCUUCUCAAGCAUGAGUUUGAGCCUAGCAUCAUCUCGUCACCUCUUGCAAACAACCACAACGCCAAAUUUGCCUGGCACUCCCACUUUGCCUAACCCAACAACACUGCCACCUUUGCCUUCAAACCCUACACUGCCUCAGGGCAAUGUUCCCCCUUUGCCCACUAUGCCAACUCUUCCAUCACUUCCUUCCAUUUUCCCAACACUCCCUUCCCUCAAUCUCCCUCCAUUGCCAGCCUCUUCAUUCCCCAAAAUGCCCUCAAUCCCAACCAAUAUCCCCUCCUUCCCUUUCUUCUCCCCACCACCUUCAACCUCUAUCCCUUGAACCAUGUUCACUAGUUGCAUUAUUAUUAUGUGCUUAAUUAGCAUAAAUUGCAUGCAAUUGACAUUGCAGCAUUUCAUUACUCUAUGUGAGAGAACUAUGUUAGGUUAUGAUUGUAUCUUUCUUGUUUAGUGUUUUUUUAUCUUCUUGUAUUCAAGAGUUUGGCGCUAAUAUUGCUUGUACCUUUUUUUAUAUUAUGGUCUAUUUAUAUAUAUAUGGAUGUUGAGUUACA